CGUGCCUUCCGCUGACCUCAGGGAAAACCUCAACCUUGGAACCUUCCUCUUCGCAGCGUCGCUCCCGUGCUAAAACCACCCGCCGCCGUCGUUUCAUCCCACCUGCACCUGGCGCGGCUUAUUUCCACCAGCAACUUCCUUUCCCCAAACCACGCGAUUGCAUCAACCUUUCCCUCCAAUCCAUUGACACGUCGACGCAUAUAGAACCGACACCUCAACAACACUGCGAUCGACCAAACGCCGAUGGAUUCCACCGCGGAAGCAGGAGCUGCACCUGCAGCAACCGCGGCAGAGGCGACAGCGCCCGCCGCGACGGCGCCUGUACCAGCACCAGCACCGGCACCAGCACCACAGCAAAAGCAGCAGCAACCAGCACAAACAGAGGCAACACCCGCCGCUCAACCACCCGCGCAAACGACGCAGCAGCAACAGCAACAGAAGCCGCAGCAGCAGCGGCCUCCCGCCGUGCAGACGCGUGGUCGAUUCUACCAGCAAUCGCUCGGCGGCUCGUUGAACGCCAAUGUGAAGAAGGCGCGCGUUCUCAUGGUUGGAGCUGGCGGUAUCGGAUGCGAACUACUGAAGAACAUCGUGCUCACGGGUUUCGGCGAAAUCCACGUCGUCGAUCUCGACACAAUCGAUUUGAGCAACCUCAACCGACAAUUCCUCUUUCGUCACGAGCACAUCAAGAAGUCCAAGGCAUUGGUGGCUAAGGAUGCGGCGCAGCCCUUCAACCCCAAGGUCAAGAUCGUCGCGCAUCAUGCGAACAUCAAGGAUGCCCAAUUCAACGUCAAGUGGUUCCGCGACUUCAACAUUGUCUUCAAUGCGCUGGAUAAUCUAGAGGCGAGACGGCACGUCAACAGAAUGUGCUUGGCCGCAGACGUUCCCCUCAUCGAGAGCGGCACGACGGGAUUCAACGGCAACGUCCAGGUCAUCAAGAAGGGCGUUACCGCAUGUUACGACUGCACGCCAAAGGAGACGCCCAAGUCUUUCCCGGUCUGCACCAUUCGAAGCACCCCCAGCCAGCCCAUCCACUGCAUCGUGUGGGGCAAGAGCUAUCUCCUCAAUGAAAUCUUUGGCACGAGCGAAGACGAGUCCGCGUUCGACAACUCGGCCGACGCCGAUAACGCCAAGGAAAUUGAAGAGUUGAAGAAGGAGGCCGCGGCCUUGAGAACGAUUCGCGAAUCGUUGGGCACCGAUGCCUUUUCGCAACUGCUCUUCGAUAAGGUCUUCAAUGCCGAUAUUGUGCGACUGGCGUCGAUGGAGGACAUGUGGAAGUCCAGACGGAAACCCGAGGCCUUGGACUACAAGACAUUGUCAGAGCAGUCAGCCGCAGCCCUCGCCUCGAAGGAGACUAUUCUGCAGGGAGGACAGCAAGUAUGGACGUUGGAGGAGAACUUUGCAGUCUUCGUCGACAGCUUGGAUCGUCUGAGCAAACGGAUGCUGGAGCUGAAAAAGGCGCACAAAGCCGAUGCAUCUGGACCCGAACCUCUCAUCACAUUCGACAAGGACGACGAGGACACGCUGGACUUUGUGACCUCGAGCGCAAAUAUUCGUUCAACCAUUUUCGGCAUCGAGAGGAAGUCGCGCUUCGAUAUCAAGCAGAUGGCCGGUAACAUCAUCCCUGCCAUUGCGACAACCAAUGCCAUUGUCGCCGGCCUGUGUGUCCUGCAAUCAUUCAAGGUGCUGAGAGGCGACUUCACCCAGACCAAGGAGGUGUUCAUCUCUCCUCACAACCCUGCCCGUCUGCUCAACUCGAGCAAGUACCGCGCCCCUAACCCAGAUUGCCCUGUAUGCAGCGUAUAUCAGACGAGCGUCACUGUCGACAUGUCUCGAGCGACACUCAAGGACCUUGUCGAGGACUUUGUGCGCCUGGAGCUUGGCUACGGUGACAAGGAGUUCGCCCUAAACAAUGACGUCGGGCCGCUCUACGACCCGGAUGAGACGGAGAACCUCUCCAAGAAGCUCAGUGAGCUUGGAAUCAAGGAGGACUCUUUCCUUACAAUUAUUGAUGAAGACGAUGACGAGCCCUUCGUCAACGUCGUCAUCAGCAUCCAGGAAUCCAAAGAGCCCCUGAGUGACAAGCCUGUUCAGGGCUUGGUCGCUGACCAGAAGCCCGAGAUCCCUCGCAAGCCUAAGAAGGAGACACCCGCCGAAUCCAACGGCACGAGUGAGCAGAAUGGCAAGCCCGCUGUUGAGGUAUCGGAGGUGGCACCAAACCUCAAGCGGCCUCGACCGGAUGAUGGAGACGAGCCGAUCGAAGCGAAGAAGGCCAAAGUGGUCGCUACCACGAGCGGCAGCGACGACGUGGUCAUUGUGGACGAUUCUACCGGCGGAGCCAUUGUCAUUGACGACGACUGAUUGUGCAUGGGUCCACUUUCUUCCAAGUCAAGGGUGUCCCUUCUACGUGAAUGGAGAGCUGCACGCCAGCUCAGACAGCACUGAGCCCGCCAUCCAAGUUGAGGAUGCAGUUAUUGGCGUAUGUGUUUUGAGCAAG